AUGGACAGAAAGUCCGACCCUGCAGCAAGAGCAGAGUAUCUCAACAUCAAAGUACAACGGUUGGAGUGUUGUGGUGUCUCAGGUGAAGGCUGUGUUGCUCUGAAUUCAGCUCUGAGAUCAAAACGCUCAGACCUGAGAGACCUGGAUCUGUCAGGGAAUAAACUAGGAGACUCAGAUGUGAAGUGUCUCUCUGUUCUACUGGAGAAUCCUCACUGUAAACUGGAGAGACUGAAACUGCAUAGUCCCCACAGAGAGAAAUCAGUCCACACUGGAGAGUCAGAAGUAGUUCUCAUGAACACUGGGGACCUGGGACCUGCUCCCAACACACACGCUGCUAAUUCUGCUGACGACACCGUCGUGGUGAGCCUGAUCUCUGACAACAACGAGUCGGCCCACCUGAAGGAGAUUAGGAAUCUGGAGAACCGGUGCCGGAGAAACAACCUCCUUCUAAACGUUGGAGUGUUGUGGUGUCUCAGAAUCAGUUGUGGUUCAGUUGGAGUGAACGGUGUGUCAGCUCUGGUGUCACUGUUCAGCUCAGAAUCCUCAGGACUGAGAGAAGUGCAUCUGACCCUGGAAACACUCGAUCUGUCCAGGAAUAAAGUGGAAGACUCAGUAGUGAAGGAUCUCUCUGUUGUACUGGCGAAUCCUCACUUUAAAGUGGAGAAUCUGAGGUUGCAUGAUUGUGGUGUCUCAGAUGAAGGCUGUGCUGCUCUGAUUUCAUCUCUGAGAUCAAACCCCUCACACCUGAGAGACCUGGAUCUGUCGAAGAAUAAUGUAGGAGACUCAGGAAUGAAGUUUCUUUCCACUGUACUGGAGAAUCCUCUCUGUAAACCGCAUAGUCUGUGGUUGGAGUCGUGUGGUGUCUCAGAUGAAGGCUGUGCUGCUCUGACUUCAGCUCUGAGAUCAAACCCCUCACACCUGAGAAAGCUGAAUCUGUCCUAUAAUCAUGUAGGAGACUCAGGAGUGAAGUGUCUCUCUGCUCUACUGGAGAAUCCUCUCUGUAAACUGGAGAUACUGAGGUUGGAGUCGUGUGGUGUCUCAGAUGAAGGCUGUCCUGCUCUGACUUCAGCUCUGAGAUCAAACCCCUCACACCUGAGAGACCUGGAUCUGUCCUAUAAUCAUGUUGGAGACUCAGGAGUGAAGUGUCUCUGUGCUGUACUGGAGAAUCCUCUCUGUAAACUGGAGACACUGAGGUUGUAUAAUUGUGGUGUCUCAGAUGAAGGCUGUGCUGCUCUGACUUCAGCUCUGAGAUCAAACCCCUCACACCUGAGAGACCUGGAUCUGUCCUGUAAUAAUGUAGGAGACUCAGGAGUGAAGCGUCUCUCUGCUCUUAAGGAUGAUGAACAUUACAAACUACAGACACUGACGUUGGAGUGUUGUGGUGUCUCAGAUGAAGGCUGUGUUGCUCUGACUUCAGCUCUGAGAUUAAAACUCUCAGACCUGAGAGACCUGGAUCUGUCAGGGAAUAAACUAGAAGACUCAGACGUAAAGUGUCUCUCUGUUCUACUGGAGAAUCCUCACUGUAAACUGGAGAGACUGAAGUAA